GGCAACUGUGUGUGCAGCCCCGGCUGGGUCGGGGACCAAUGCCAACACUGCGGAGGAAGGUUCAGGCUGACGGGUCCCUCAGGGUUCCUGACAGACGGACCAGGGAACUACAAGUACAAGACCAAGUGCACCUGGCUCAUUGAGGGAACGUCAGUUUAACUUUAGACUAAUAGCACAACAACAGCAUGCCUGUACCCUGCACAAUGUCACUGAAAGAUAGGCCCAAUCUACAGUCAGUGUCAGUUUAUUAGGUACACCAACCACCCUGUUCACCUACAGACGGUGAGUCGCGUGGCUGUGGCUUGCUAUAUAAAGCAGGCAGACGGCCAUCCAAGUAUUCCGUUACCGUUUGUUGAACGGUAGAAUGAGCAAAACCAGUGACCUAAGAGACUCUGAGCGUGGUAUAGUUGUCGGUGCCGGGCACGCCGGUUCCAGUAUCUCAGAAACCGCUGCACUACUGGGCCUUAAACACCCAACAGUAUCUAGGUGUUUUACAGAGAAUGGUGUGACAAACAAAACACAUCCAGUCAGCAGCAGUCCUGUGGGUGAAGACAUCUGGUUGAUGAGAGAAGUCCAAGGAGAAUGGAAAGAAUGGUGCAGGCUAACAGGCACAAACAGACAUAACGGUGCAGUACAACAGUGUGCAGAACAGCAUCUCGGAACACAACUCGUUGGUCCUUGUCAUAGAUGGGCUGUUGCAGCAGACGAUGGACAACUGAGGAGUGGCAAAACGUCACCUGGUGCCACGAAUCCUGGUUCCAUGCUGAUGGCAGAGCCAGGAUAUGGCCCCAUCCUGCCUGGUGUCAACGGCCCAACAGCAUCCUCAGACUGAGGCUGGACCACUUUGCUACAGAGUGCAGCUGGGACCACCUGUAUGUGUACGAUGGGGACUCUAUCUACACUCCUCUACUGGCUGCCUUCAGUGGGUUGAUAGUUCCUGAGCGCUAUGGCAACGAGACUGUUCCGGAGGUGGUUUCACAGUCUGGUUACGCCCUCCUCCACUUCUUCAGCGACGCUGCCUAUAACCUGACCGGCUUCAACAUCUCAUAUAGUGUGAACACGUGUCCUAACAACUGUUCUGGCCGAGGGGAGUGUCGCGUUGGAAACUCAACAGGUGCUGUAUAUUGUGACUGUGAAUCCAAUUGGAAGGGCGAGGCCUGUGAUAUCCCUUACUGCCUGUCAGACUGUGGUUGGCCUGACAGGGGACACUGCCUUCAGGACACAAAGACAUGUCGAUGCCAGCCUGGGUGGCAAGGUCCAGACUGCUCUCUGUCCGUCCCAGCCAACUCCUCGUUCUGGCAGCGGGAGGAGUACCCCGAGCCAGGUCUGGCCAGGGCUUCCCACAAGGCUGUAGUGGACCAGGGGAUCAUGUGGGUCGUCGGGGGUUACGUCUUCAACUCCUCAGACUACCAGAUGAUUACAGCGUAUAACCUCAGCUCCCAUCGCUGGCUGUCUCUCAACCGCUCUGUCAACUCCGUCAUGGGACGAUACGGACACUCUCUGGCACUACAUGAGGGAAAGAUCUACAUGUACGGAGGAAAGAUAGACUCUACUGGCAACGUGACCAGCCAGCUGUGGGUGUUCCACAUCCAGAACCAGACCUGGGUGUCCCUCUCCGCUGGAGCCCAGGAACAGUGGGCCGUGGUGGGACACUCUGCUCAUGUAGUGCCCCCCCUGCUGGAGGGAGGUAGUGCGGUCAUGCUGGUCCUCUUUGGACACUGCCCUCUAUAUGGAUACAUCAGCCAGGUGCAGCAGUAUGACAUCGCUAGGAACACGUGGCGUGCCGUGGUUACCGAUGGAGCCCUGGUGCAGGGAGGGUACGGCCACAGCAGUGUGUUUGACCCCUCCUCCCGAGCCAUCUACAUCCACGGAGGGUACAAGGCCUUCAGCGCUAACAAGUACGGCCUGUCUGGAGACCUGUACAAGUACGACGUGGACCGCAGCCGAUGGACAGUUCUAAAGGACAGCGGGUUCUUCCGGUACCUCCACACGGCGGUCAUCGUUAGCGGAACCAUGCUGGUGUUUGGAGGAAACACGCACAACGACACUUCCAUGAGCCACGGCGCCAAGUGCUUCUCCUCGGACUUCAUGGCCUAUGACCUGGCAUGUGAUGAGUGGUCAGUGCUGUCCAGACCAGACCUCCACCAUGAUGUCAACCGGUUCGGACACACGGCCGUCUACAGUGACAGUGUGAUGUAUGUGUUUGGGGGGUUCAACAGUCUGUUGUUGAGUGAUGUCCUGAUCUACACGCCAGCCACCUGCUCCAGCGCUCCCAGCGCUGCCGCCUGUAUAGCGGCCUGGCCGGGGGUUCACUGCGUUUGGAAUGCUAACCUGGGCUCCUGCCUGCCCUGGGACUCGAACCCCGGAUUCCUGGAUGAGCAGACCACCCUGGCCUCCUGUGGAACCAGAACAUAUGUUGACAACGAUCGUUGUGACCAGUACACGGACUGCUACAGCUGUACAGCCAAUACUAACGGCUGCCAGUGGUGUGCUGUUCAGUGUGUCUCCGUAAGCUCCAACUGUACGUCCGUCACGGGGGCCAUAGUGGAGUAUGAUGUCUGUCCUAAAGACAACCCGUCAUAUGUCUGCAACAAGAAGACCAGCUGUAAGAGCUGUGGGGUGGACCAGAACUGCCAGUGGGAACCUCGAAACCAGGAGUGCAUCGCUCUACCAGAGAAUAUUUGUGGUGAGAGUUGGCACCUGGUGGGUAACUCUUGUCUGAAGUUCAUCACAGCAAAGGACUCGUACGACAACGCCAAGCUGACCUGUCGGGGUCACAACGCCGUCCUGGCCUCGUUGACCAAUCAGAAGAAGGUGGACUUCGUCCUAAAAGAGCUGCAGAUCAUGAAUGUUCUGGUGAGCAAGUACAAGGCCUUGGUGACGCCGUGGGUGGGGCUGAGGAAGAUCAACGUCUCCUAUUGGUGCUGGGAAGACAUGUCACCCUUCACUAACACCUCCCUCCAGUGGUUGCCAGGGGAACCCAGCGACGCCGGUUUCUGUGGUUACCUAGCAGAGCCGGCUUCCAGCGGUCUUAAGGCCCAGACCUGCAUCAACCCUGUUAACGGGAGUCUGUGUGAACGAGCAGCCAAUCACAGUGCCAAGCAGUGUCGGACGGCGUGCGCCAUGCGGGCUACGUGUGCUGAGUGUACCAGCAGCAGCUCUGAGUGUAUGUGGUGCAGCAACAUGAGGCAGUGUGUGGACUCUAAUGCAUACGUAGCCUCCUUCCCCUUCGGACAGUGUAUGGAGUGGUACACUAUGAACAGCUGUCCACCUGAGAACUGUUCUGGGUACAGGACGUGUGGCCAGUGUCUAGAGCAGCCUGGCUGUGGCUGGUGUACAGACCCCAGCAAUACAGGGCGUGGCCAGUGCAUUGAGGGAUCCUAUCGGGGGCCAUUCCAGACCGCAGUCCCCGCCCCCUCCACCCUGCCUGGCCCCACCUCUAGUCCCGCCUCCCAGCCGGCUCUCAACAUCAGCAUGUGUCCUUACGAUACCAAGUACAACUGGAGCUUUAUACUCUGUCCAGCGUGCCAAUGUAACGGCCACAGUCAGUGUGUGAAUCACAGUGUAUGUGAGAAGUGUGAGGACCUGACAACAGGGCUCCAUUGUGAGAGCUGCAUCUCUGGUUACUAUGGAGACCCCACCAACGGGGGCAGCUGCCAACCGUGUAAGUGUAAUGGCCAUGCCGGUGUGUGUAACCCAAACAACGGGAAGUGUUUCUGCACCACCAAGGGCAUCAAAGGAGACCGCUGUCACCUGUGUGAGGUGGAGAACCGUUACCAAGGAAACCCUCUGAAAGGAACAUGUUACUACACCCUGCUGAUAGACUACCAGUUCACCUUCAGUCUGUCUCAGGAGGACGACCGCUACUACACCGCCAUCAACUUUGUAGCAACACCCGAGGAGCAGAAUCGUGAUCUGGUUGUUUUCAUUAACGCCUCCAAAAACUUCAACCUCAACAUCACCUGGGCUGCCAGCUUCACAGCAGGUACUCAGACAGGCGAGGUGAUCCCAAUCAUCUCCAGGAGUAACAUUAAGGAGUUUAAAGACAGUUUCUCCAAUGAGAACUUUGACUUCCGCAACAACCCAAACAUCACCUUCUUCGUCUAUGUCAGCAACUUCACCUGGCCCAUCAAGAUACAAAUUGCCUUCUCUCAGCACAGUAACUUCAUGGAUCUGGUGCAGUUCUUCGUCACAUUCUUCAGCUGCUUCCUUUCUCUCCUCCUGGUGGCGGCAGUCGUCUGGAAGAUCAAACAGAGCUGCUGGGCGUCACGGCGACGAGAGCAACUCCUCCGUGAGAUGCAGCAGAUGGCUAGCCGGCCGUUCGCCACCAUCAAUGUUGCCUUGGAAAUGGACGAGGAGCCGCCGGACCUAAUUGGUGGAAACGUCAAGACGGUGCCCAAGCCCAUCGCCAUGGAGCCGUGUUUUGGGAACAAGGCUGCUGUCCUCUCCAUCUUCGUCCGUUUACCCAGAGGCACCGGGGGCAUCCCCCCACCCGGUCAGUCUGGUCUAACGGUGGCCUCGGCCCUGGUGGAUGUGUCUCAGCAGAUGUGUCUUGGUUACAAGGAGAAGUCAUGUGGUCUGAGGAACAGGAAGCAACACCCCUCUGCACAGCCCUCCACCUGUAUCUGACCACACCCCCUCCCUGCCCCUGGACCCCGCCCUGCUCCAUCCUAACCCCUCCCCCUGCCCCAGAGACUACACCCCCGGACUGGAGGGAGGGAUGAAGAGAGAGAGAGGCAGGGCGUUUCCUGGGGGGAGCUGCAUACCUGCUGAGAGGAGGAGGGGAGCGGGUAUGCAGCGGACACCUGCUGCACCUGGGGAACCACACCUGGCUGACAGACAUGUGGAACUUAGGGGAAAGAAAAAAAGACUUGUAUUAGUCCUCUACCACCUGGUCAGAGUAAAGGAGAAGCUUGAUCGCUGUCUACUGUCUGAUCAACUACCAGUCAUUCUGCUUGGUCUGUCUGCUAGACUGUCUGGUCAACUACCAGUCAUUCUACUUGGUAUGCUGUCUGUCUGUCUGUCUGUCUGUCUGCUAGACUGUCUGAUCAACUAUCAGUCAUCCUACUUGGUAUGUUGUCUGUCUGUCUGCUAGACUGUCUGAUCAACUAUCAGUCAUCCUACUUGGUAUGUUGUCUGUCUGUCUGCUAGACUGUCUGAUCAACUACCAGUCAUCCUACUUGGUAUGCUGUCUGUCUGUCUGCUAGACUGUCUGAUCAACUAUCAGUCAUCCUACUUGGUAUGCUGUCUGUCUGUAUGUCUGUCUGAUUAACUACCAGUCAUUCUACUUGGUAUGCUGUCUGUCUGUCUGUCUGUCUGAUCAACUACCAGUCAUCCUACUUGAUAUGCUGCCUGUCUGUCUGUCUGAUCAACUAUCAGUCAUCCUACUUGGUAUGCCGUCUGUCUGCUAAACUACCAGUCAUCCUACUUGGUAUGCUUUCUACUACCAGAUAGUUUGUUUCUACACCUUACCAGUUAUAUCAGUUAGUCCCCAGCCUGAGUGCCAGUCUGUUUGUCUGUCUUGACAAUGACAGCAAUGGAGUUGGCAAGAGCACAAACAAAUGUGGCACUCAGGCUACUUAGUCCCCAGCAGCCUGUUGUUUACUUUAAUGUAGCAGUAAGCUAGGUGUUGAUAGUAACUGGCUGACUCAUUCAGGGCUAAUGUAACGUUAGCAGUCUAGUAGGGCUAACGUUAGCAGUCUAGUAGGGCUAAUGUUAGCAGUCUAGUAGGGCUAAUGUUAGCAGUCUAGUAGGGCUAACGUUAGCAGUCUAGUAGGGCUAACGCUAGCAGUCUAACAGGGCUAACGUUAGCAGACUAGUAGGGCUAACGCUAGCAGUCUAGUAGGGCUAAUGUUAGCAGUCUAGCAGGGCUAACGUUAGCAGUCUAGUAGGGCUAACGCUAGCAGUCUAACAGGGCUAACGUUAGCAGACUAGUAGGGCUAACGCUAGCAGUCUAGUAGGGCUAAUGUUAGCAGUCUAGUAGGGCUAAUGUUAGCAGUCUAGUAGGGCUAACGUUAGCAGUCUAGUAGGGCUAACGCUAGCAGUCUAGCAGGGCUAAUGUUAGCAGUCUAGUAGGGCUAACGCUAGCAGUCUAGCAGGGCUAACGUUAGCAGUCUAGUAGGGCUAACGUUAGCAGUCUAGUAGGGCUAACGUUAGCAGUCUAGUAGGGCUAACGCUAGCAGUCUAACAGGGCUAACGUUAGCAGACUAGCAGGGCUAACGUUAGCAGACUAGCAGGGCUAACGUUAGCAGUCUAGCAGGGCUGACGUUAGCAUUUUUUUCACCUUUAUUUAACCAGGUAGGCCAGUUCAGAACAAGUUCUCAUUUACAACUGCGACCUGGCCAAGAUAAAGCAAAGCAGCCCGACACAAACAACAACACAGAGUUACACAUGGAAUAAACAAACAUACAG